UAGCCCAUUGGUUUAGAAGGAUGUUUUUUCCAUUUUAAACAUUACACAUCAGUUUGUUGUCUAAUUCCUUGCAAGAUGUUUCGCGACUGGCGUUCUUCUUGCGACAUUAGCACGGCGGCUGUAGACAGUCGCUUCCUUUACUUAUGUAUUAAAGGAUCCGACUCUUCCAUUGCAGUGGUUGACCAAUCUACUAAAGAGCUCAUUGGUGUUUACAAAUAUAUGUGCGGUAGUGUAUUGAAGAUAUUUGUGCUACAUAAUUUCGAGAAAUUAGUAUGCCUUACUUCUGCUGGGUACAUUUACGUUUGGGACGCCAGUGAAGCAACAAUAGAUCGUUUGAGGCAGAUAACUAAUGAUCCGUUGACACUUGAGGGAUUCGUUCACCCGAAUGUGCGGGUCCGACCAGUUGCAGAAAUCGUUCCAGCCAGUAUUGAGGGAUACGUUGAUGUUGACUAUUACCCGGGAACUGAUACGUUGCUUGCGCUGGAGACCAGUGGUAAUGUAAUCUUCCACGACAUCCAUAACGGCAGCGUUAAGGGUGUUAUAACAUCGGAAAACGCAGACGCUAAAGCUUCUUGUUUACGUAUUCAACGCUCUGAGGGUACUUAUAAUGGCAAAUCGGGUCAUUUCGUUGCUAUCGGUUUUACCAAGGGGAUGAUUACUUUGCUAUUCGUACCAUUGUGUGAGAAUGGGUUGGAGAUUGGUUCCAAUUUCACCAUGUCAGAUUCUACAGACGAUCACGUUGACAUUGAUUGUAUUGAUUUUCGUGUGAAACAGGCAGCAAGUUCAUCAAUAACCAUAGUAUGUGGGUGCUCAGAUGGAACUGUCCGUUGUCUGGUUUAUAAGAGGCGUGAUAGUGACAUAGUAAAGCACAAGUCGGUAUCGUAUGUUCACUGCCGUGCUGCUAGGAAGGGGCGCGUUUCUCGUAUAAUAUCUACCUGUGAUGACCAGGGCACGCCAUAUAUAAUCACUCUUUGUACAAUGCAGCUGACGUAUGAUUUUCACACGGCGCCCAUUAAUGCCAACAAACCUUCCCCAGCCGACUCUUCAACGUUUUGCACAGAAAUAUUGCGUCAAAUACUUCUACCAGACCGUUGUGAACACUAUGAAACAAUCGCACAGGUUCGUGACUUUGUCACCAAUCUAAUGGAGGGUGUGGACACCGGUACCAUUAUGUAUACGACAUUGGACGAUGUAUACAAUAUUAGGAGGUGCCCUGAGAGUAACCGGUGGUUGACUCCAAAGCCUGUUGAGUGGCAGUCCCCUGAGAAUCGCAAGCUUCUGUCGAAGGUAUUGUAACGAUAAAGAUCACAAAACGUGAUCUAUAAUAUAGCUUAUUGUGUUUUAAAUACGUUUUAA